AUGGAGGAGUGCAACAUGUGCAAGGACAACCUUGCUAAACUCAGCCUGGGAGCACUGCUGGAGGUGAUGGGGAUCAUGGAGUGGUGUGGGGAGAUGGGGCAUCAAGGAGAGAAAGAGGUGAACUCAGAUGAUCAAUGGACUUCAGUUUUAAGCUUCUCAAGCAAUAUUUUCCUACUUGAGGCACACCAGAUAAACACGCAUGCACACAGAGAUGUAAACCAUGCUAACAUACUCAACCAGCACAUUGGAAGAGAUUCAGGCCUAGGACUUUAUCGUAUAUUACAACUUCUAUUCAUUGUUCCCAAGAAAGUUCUGUCAAUUGGAAUUCUACUUCAAGUGGAGUAUAUACUUCAUAAAACCAACAUUUUAGGGGGCAAGUGGAGUAGUAAGUUGAAAGCCGCUUUUGUUUUGAGAUCUUUGCUAAUUGGGGAAUUUGUGCGUGUCAGGGGUUUACAUAAAACCAAGAUAAUGGCUUCAGAUGACUUUUGCUUUAGAGUUCAAGACCAUGGCACUGCUCUUACAGAGAAGAAAAACCGAGUUAGGUGCAAUCAUUGUGGAAAAGAAAUCAGCGGGUUUAGUCGCCUUAAAUGCCACCUAGCAGGAUUCCGGCUUAAUGUAGCUUCUUGUUUGCAAGUUCCUCCUAAUAUUAGGGAAGCAUUCUACAAUCAAAUAACUGAAAAGAAAAGAGGGAAUCUUAGUCAGGAAGUGGGGGAGCAUUGUUCCUCUAAUAUUCCUUCAAGAAGAGAUAUGUUGCUUCUUACAGAUUCUGCUAAGUCUUGUGAUCCAGAGCUUACUCGAGCUUCCAGCAUGGGAAGCGAAAAAAGGCUGAAGAUUGGAUCCUCUUCAGGAAACCAUGGAACAGUGUCAGUUGCUCUUACCAAGGCCAGGCUUGAUUCUCAAUCAGCUGUGAGUACCCAAGUUUUCUCUGAUAGGGAAUUCCAGAAGAAGGUUGGUAGAUUCUUUUACGAAGCAGGAAUUGAGCUGGAUGCUGUUACAUGUCCUAGCUUUCGGAUGAUGCUGAAUGCCCACUUUGGUUCUGAAGAUAUAGCUUACCCAAUUCCUAGCUGUGAGGAUUUAAGUGGGUGGAUUCUUCGGGAAUUAGUGGAAGAGAUGGAGCUGUAUGUGAGAGAGAUUAAAAGCUCGUGGUCAAGCACAGGUUGCAGCAUCCUAUUGGAUGGGUGGGAAGACUUGACAGGUCGCAGACUUGUGAAUGUUCUGGUGGCCUGCCCAAAAGGCACAGUUUAUCUUCGAUCAGCAGACAUCUCUGGGUUUGAUCAGGAGAUUGGUUGCAUGUUGGGGUUCCUUGAUGAUGUUCUCAAGGAAGUUGACGUUCAAAAUGUAGUACAGAUCAUCACUUGCUCCACUUCAUCUUGGAUGAAGACUGUUGGCCAGCAGGUGAUGGAAAAAUAUAAGACGGUUUUUUGGACAGUUUGUGCAUUGCAUUGUUUAGAACUUACGUUGAAGAAAAUGGGAGCAAUUGAUGCAGUUAAAGCAACACUGGAUAAAGCAAAAUCAAUCACAAGAUUUGUACACAGCGAUGCUACUAUUCUAAAAGUUCUCAGAGAUCACACUUCGGCCAAGUACCUGGUUAGGCCAUCCAAGUUCAAGUUAACAGAGCCUUUCUUAACUCUGGAGAACUUGCUAUUUUUACAAGAGAAGUUGCAGCAGAUGUUUCUUUCGACUGCUUGGAAGACCUCGAGAUAUGCUUCCUCAGUGGAAGGGAAAAGAGUGGCUGAACUGUUGGCUGAUAGCUCUUUUUGGACUGGAGUGGAAAUGGCAGUUAAGGCGACCAUACCUCUUGUGCGUGUCAUAGAAUUGAUAGCCAAGAACAGUGAGCCACAAGUGGGCUUUAUCUAUGAGACGAUGGAUCAGGCCAAAGAAACAAUCAAGGAGGAACUCGAUGAUAAAGAAUCCAUAUACUUGCCAUUUUGGAAGGCAAUUGAUGACAUAUGGGAUGGAUCUUUGCACAGCCCUCUCCAUGCUGCAGGAUACUUUUUGAAUCCAAAGUAUUUUUAUACUAAUGAUUUCUAUGCAGAUUCAGAAGUUUUGAAUGGCCUUCUGUGCUGUAUUGUGCGUUUGGCUGAAGAUCCUAGGCUUCAAGGGGUAAUAAAUUCACAGAUUGAAGAAUAUCGCGGAGCAAAGGGUCCUUUUGGUCUUGGACUUGCUCAUCUGCAGUCUUCUCCAGGUAGUUGGUGGUUAGAUUAUGGACAUGGAUGUCCUCAGCUCCAACAUUUUGCUAUACGCAUUUUAAGCCAAACAUGUAGUGGUGCUGCAAGAUACAAUUUGAAGAGGAGCUUGGCUGAGAAGUUACUCAACAAGGGGAGGAAUCCGAUAGAGCAAGAGAGGCUGGCUGCAAUGGUGUUUGUGCACUGCAACUUGCAACUCCAAAAUUUUAAUCAAGGUAUAGCAUCUGACUUUGGAACUGCUGCCAUUGACCCCAUGGACGACUGGGUGGUUGACAAAGCACCACCUGUUGUGUCUCAAAACAAUGAAGGGGGGAAAGAACUUACAUGGAAGGAAUUGGAUUGUGGGAACAUAAUAGGUGGUAGAGGGGAAGAAUCAUACUGGGGUCUCUCACAGGCGGAUUAUGGGCUGCAUCUUUUCUGGACAAAGCUUGCUGCAUCACAGGUGUUGUGUGGCAAUGGGAAGCCAUUUGGCUAUUGUUACCACGUUACUUCACCACACUAA